UGAAUAGGAAGCUUUAAAUCGGCAAACAUAAAAUAAAGGUAAAAUUGAAAUUUAGUCAUCAUUAUUUUUUUGUUAUUCAGAGACUGAAGAGAAAAUUUUGUUUUCAAUUUUUCUCUAUUCAAUAUGAAUGAAAAUUUAUCAGAUGAAAUUUAUAAAGAACAAUUAUGUGAUGGUAGUUUUAUACUUAAACGGAAAGUUGAGAAAACAUGUAGUAAACAGUUUUUUUACGAUAAAUUUCCAAUAAUAAAAUGGUUACCCAAAUAUAAAAUAAUUAGUGAUGGUACAAUGGAUUUUGUAGCAGGUUUAACAGUUGGCUUAACUGCUAUACCACAAGGAAUCGCAUACGGUGUCGUUGCUCGUUUGGGCCCCGAAUACGGAUUAUAUGCAGCAUUUAUGGGAUGUUUUGUUUAUAUUUUCUUUGGAACAUCAAAAGAUAUUACAGUAGGUCCGACAGCAAUAAUGGCUUUAAUGGUCGCUAAAUAUGUUGAAAGUAGUCCAGACUUUGCAGUACUUUUAUGUUUUUUAACUGGAAUAAUAGUAUUUUUAUGCGGUAUCUUUAAUUUAGGAUUUUUAGUACAAUUUAUAUCAGUUCCAGUUACAACUGGUUUUACGACAGCUGCCGCCAUAACAAUAGGAAGCGGACAAAUAAAUUCAUUAUUUGGGCUAGCAAGUCCUUCUAAUGAAUUUAUAGCAUCAUGGGAAAAUUUUUUCCUUAAUAUUACGAAAGUUUCAUUGUAUGAUUCCUUACUAGGAGUAGGAACUUUAAUAGCUUUAUUAAUAUUGAGGAAAUUUAAGGAUUUAAAAGGACGUCUUCGUGGUGUUUAUAAAUAUAUAUCGUUAUCUAGAAAUGCAUUGGCGGUAUUUGUUGGAAUUUUAGUAGCAUAUCUUUUAACAACAGAUGAUUUCAAACCUUUUAGAUUAACUGGUAGUAUAAAACCUGGUUUGCCAGUACCCAAGAUACCACCUUUUACAACUACUAUUAAUGGAACCACCCUAACGUUUCCUGAAGUUUUGCGUGAAUUAAGCUCAUCAGUAGUUAUAAUACCGCUAAUAGCAAUACUCGAAAGUAUAGCUAUUGCAAAAGCAUUUGCUAAAGGUAAAAUAAUUGAUGCAUCUCAAGAAAUGAUUGCUCUUGGGCUUUGUAAUUUUGCCAGUUCAUUUUUCCAUUCAAUGCCAAUCACUGGUUCUUUUACAAGAACCGCAGUAAAUAAUGCAAGUGGUGUAAGAACACCCUUAGGUGGCGCAGUAACCGGUACUCUAAUAUUAUUGGCGUUGGCAUUAUUAACCCAAACUUUUUAUUAUAUACCCAAAGCUUCUUUAGCAGCUAUAAUCAUAGCAGCAAUGAUACAUAUGGUUGAUGUUGAAGUUAUUUCUGAAAUAUGGAGAGCAAAAAAAAUUGAUUGCAUACCAUUUGUUGUCACAAUGAUAUCUUGCCUAUUUUUUAGUUUAGAUUAUGGUAUGAUAAUUGGAAUAGGGGUCAACAUGUUUUUAAUAUUAUUUAAAAGUGCAAGGCCAGUGUUGAAAAUAUCGAAAGACAAGAUAUUGGAUGAAGAAUGUCUUGUUAUUGUUAUCAGUGAAAAUUUAUUAUAUGCAUCAGGCGAAUAUGUUAAAAGUCAAAUUGUAAAGGCUGUUAUUCAAAAUAAGUGUAAAUAUGUGAUAUUAAAUGGCGAGGGAGUGAAUUUUAUAGAUUCUACUGCAGCAAUGAAUUUAGUUUCGGCAAGGGAAGAUCUAAAAGAAUUGAAUUGUGGACUUAUUUUUUGGAAUUGGAAAAUUGAAACCGCAGGUGUAUUAUACCGAUUUAAGAAAGAAAUUGAACCAAGUAUACGAUGCGGAAAAACUGCUGCAAGUGUAAUAGACGGAAUUUAUAAUGAAAAAACAGAACAAAUUACGGUUUAAGAAAAUAUAUGAAUACAUACUUAUUAAGAAAUAAAAAUGAGUUUGUUUUAAAUCUAAAAAUUUUUUUAUAUGUGUAGUUUCACAAACUUUUACUAAAAUAGUAAUAAAAUAACGAAUUUUUUUUUGUACCUCACAUAUUUUAACAUAAUACAAUUUUUGUUAUGAUUUAU